UCUCUUCGUCCUCUGUAGUCUAGUCUUUUGGUUCUGUUGAUACUAGCCUACUUUCCAUCAUUCCAUCACCUGACUGAAGUAUUUUGAUAGGCAGUUGAUUCCCAUUAUUUCAUUGUGUUGUAACGGAUAGCUUAAUAACGUUAUCAUUAUUGAAAUCACUAAACAUGUACUUUAAAGUUGUUGGCGUAAACUUUUUCACGUCAACGUAACCGUUAGCUCUCUGUCAAGUGUCGUUGUAGCUUUAACGUUACCUAACUAGGAUACAUUUGUUUAAUCAGAUUAUUACACAUCCCACGCAAAUCUCUGAAGGUAAGGCGCUGCUCAGAAUGCAUAAAUUUGCUAGCAAGUUAACGAAACGUAAUGAUCUUGACAUCAUCCUGGAGCAUUGGGACAGGUCAGUUGCCUACCCAAAUAGUCCUAAUCAGCAACUGUAACAAAGAGCAAACAGUGUUUUCUCAGCCGUUUUGUAUUUGUUGAUCUAUUAUGUAAUCAGUAGUUGUUAAAAACCUGCCAGACUAGUCUAGUAGUUCUCAAAUCGACUCUGACCAUUGUGUGUGUGGGUUUAACUGGAUUGCCAAAAGCCAAAAGCAAGCAAACCAACCCACUACGGCAUCAGUGUCCUUACUGCCCGUUUGUUUAUAAGUGUAGGCAUGUAGGUAUUUUGUUUCUUGUCAAUUUGUGUACAACUCGUUUGUGGAUGUUACAUUCUAUGACAAGAAACGUGUUUCCGCAUUACCCUCCUAUUUUUGGUCACGUGUUAUUCCGAGUAGUCAUAGCAGAGGCAAUUGAUAAAAUGUCAUUCAUCGAGUUUUAGCACACAGUCACGUAUGUAGGUUUGAGCGGAGCCAUAUCUACAAAUGAACUGGAUUGAGUGAAGGAAGAAAGAUAAUGUAUUUCGUACUUAAAGGACAUGGAUCCGGACGUGUCUAUUUUACUUCACUGUGCUUCCUGGCGGGGAUUGCGAGAAUGGCAGGUGCAAGUGGAACUCUCCUCAAGGUUUAACAGGCAUGCAUCACCAGAUAUAGAGGAGCAUAUAGAGUCAAUGUGGGAAGAAAGGAUCAAACGAGAACCGUGGCUUUUCAAUGGGGCCAAAUUCAGACUGCACUCAACCAACUGGACCACGCAUCACAACAGUGGACAACAGUGCUGCUGCUCAGGUGAGAAAGGGCAUGAUGAGGCACACAAACAUGCCCAGUGUGGUGAGCAGCACGCUGUCCCACUCCCAAACACCUACAGUGGCGACAGUCCAGUUGUGAAGUCACACUCUCUGAAGGGCUCAGGAUGCCUAGGAGAGCCAAGGAGAGUUCUGUUGAGUUUGCAGUUAGGCCUAACCUGUUACAAAGACUACCUGGGAACUAACUGGUCCGAAAGGGUAGGCGAGCUUCAGAGGCGAGGAGCAGUUGAGCUUGGAGAUCCACAAAGCCUGUUGGCCCAGCCUCUAGGUGUGGGGGCUGUCAUGGCAACCGCUGAUGGACAAGUGGUCCUCCUAAAGAGGAGCCAGAAGGUUGCAGAGGCCGCUGGACUGCUAGAUAUACCAGGAGGACAUCCCGAACCAAAGGCUGUCUGUAAUGGCAUCAGCGAAGAGAGCAUCACCAUAGAGUCGCUCCAGGGCAAAGAGGAAGCCGUCCUUAAGGAAAUCUUCUCCUCUGUGUUAGCAGAGAUACGAGAUGAAGUGAAUGUUCCUCUUAGUUCUCUAAGUGAGCCAAUUCUGCUGGGAGUUGCCCUGAACCACACCAGUGCUGGAAGGCCUAGUGCUGAGUUCUAUGUCAGAUGAAGUUAAAACUGUCUACCGGCGUGGAGGUCCAGAGGCUAAUGAAUCUACUGAUGUUGUAUUCCUGGAAGAGACGG